UUCUAUUGAAGCAUUAGAGACCGUAGGAACCCUAAUCUCAUCAAGGAUGGCGGAGCGUGGCGGCGGAGAUCGUGGUGGCUUCGGGCGCGGGUUCGGCCGAGGUAGGGGCGAGCGGGGCCGCGGCCGAGGCGACCGCGGCCGUGGUGGGAGGCGCGGCUUCGGCCGGCGCGACGAGGAGGAGAAGUGGGUGCCCGUCACUAAGCUCGGUCGCCUCGUGAAGGAGGGCAAGAUCACGAGCCUCGAGCAGAUCUACCUCCACUCGCUUCCCGUGAAGGAGCACCAGAUCAUCGACACCCUUCUCGGCGGCGGCCUCAAGGACGAGGUCAUGAAGAUCAUGCCUGUCCAGAAGCAGACCCGUGCCGGCCAGCGCACCCGCUUCAAGGCCUUCGUCGUCGUCGGCGACACAAAUGGCCAUGUAGGGCUCGGUGUCAAGUGCGCCAAGGAGGUCGCAACCGCCAUCCGCGGUGCUAUCAUCCUGGCCAAGCUCUCGGUGAUCCCCGUCAGGAGGGGAUACUGGGGGAACAAGAUCGGGAAGCCCCACACUGUGCCCUGCAAGGUCACCGGGAAGUGCGGGUCCGUCACCGUCCGGAUGGUGCCCGCUCCAAGGGGGGCGGGGAUUGUGGCUGCCCGUGUCCCGAAGAAGGUGCUUCAGUUUGCUGGGAUCGAAGACGUCUUCACCUCGUCCCGUGGUUCGACCAAGACUCUCGGUAACUUUGUGAAGGCUACCUUUGACUGUCUCAUGAAGACCUAUGGAUUCCUGACACCCGACUUCUGGACAGAGACCCGCUACAGCAGAUCUCCCUUCCAGGAGUACACAGACCUGCUUGCAAAGCCGACAAAGGCUAUACUUCUUGAGGACACUGAGAAGGUUGAAGCUUAAAUGCUUGGAAGUCGGCUUUCUCCAAGCAUUUGAUUUUUAUUAUGCCAUCUUGUUUAACUAGGACCUGAGUUGGUCAGCUAAACUCUUUAUCGGUUCUAGUUCUUUUGCUAGAUGUGACAAUUUUGUUAUCCGUGAUAUGUUUACUCCUCAUCCCAAAUCUUGUGAGCAAAUCAAGUUUUGCAAGGUUUUAGGCUUCAAAUAAAUAAGGUUACCUUUUUGGGUUCCCUUUUGCUUUCA